CGCCAGAUACACUAGGGUUUUCUAGGCAUGAUGGGUUCUAAAUGCAGCCACCCAUGUCAAGCAAUUGUUUUGAUUACUCCAACUCAAGGAGUUUUGAUGUGAGCCUUGUGUCGUACUGCAGCCGUUGUUGGCUGUCCGACUUCCUAUAUAGUAGACUGGUAUUAUGGAUCAUGCCAUGUGUGGUCUGCGCAGAAUACAGCCAACUCUCAUAGAAAGCUUGCACAAGAUUGGAGCUUGGAGAUCUAUCAAGGCCUCAAGCCUGGGUAUCUGCAUAUUCGGUUCAUCAUCAAACCUAAUUACCGGCUACCAACAUCAAUUUACCCGUUGUCGCGGCGUCAGAUGAUAUGCUCCAGUAUCCGCGCGACCCCGUGCCGCACGACGUGGAUGUCAGGGUGGAAGAUGCUGGUAGGGAUCAUGAUAAGGAAUUUGGACAAUGGACGGCGAUGGAGGUUGAAAGACAAGGGCAGAGUCGGGAAGAUUUGGGUUUGGACGGAUUGAGGGCAAUCGAGUUAGGGUCCCAUCUAUUCGUACUAACCAAGCAAUUGUUGGUGACUGACUUCUCGCUUCUGGGGGGGUUUGCUUCGUAUUCAUUUGGCUGUGCGUGAUUGAUUCCCCUCGUUUACUUCUCCCUUGACUGAGCAGAAACUUCUCCUCUUCACCCUCUCUCUCCUUUUUUGGACAUUGUAGAUUCUGGUUUGCUGCAUCAACCAACCGCAGCCUACGUGAGAUUCGGUCUUUUUUCUUUUUUAAUCUUUCGGGUUGUGUGGCGUCUGGGGAACAUUUGACCACCGAAGCUGAAAAGAAAGCGAGAGCGGAGACCAGACGACACGCGACGACAAAGCGAGCUACCUACUCGACCCAAGAGAAAAUAAAUGCGAAACACAACGAUCGAACGGAGAAUCAGCGACGAAUGAGGCCGAUGUUUAGAACAAGAAACAGCCGGCAAUAAUUCUCAAACCCUGGGACAUUGGAUCCUGAACUGUUAAGAAAUUUCGGUGUUUGGCCAAAAGUGUUUUCUUUUGAACGGACGAAAAAAAAAACCACACCAAGACACUCAAAUUGAGUUCUUUGGAUCUUUAGCGGCGGAUCCCUUGAUAUUUGUCAACGGAGUACUUUCAACGGUAUUCCGGCAGUCACUUGUGCAAUCAAUCAUCAGCUGGGCUCGCUCUCUUCGAGUACGGACUACGAACUACGUACGGAGGAGGAUUUUAAUUCAACCUUAAGCUUGCGCGUAUUUUCCUCGUGGCAUUGGGUCCUCAACUUCCGGCCGCUCCGCACCGAUCCUCGUUAGCUCCAGCAACAUAUCGAGCUCGAAACGAAGGUCUUCCGAGUCCCCCGUCCUCGUCACCAUUCGUCACUGUUGCCACACCACUGGCCGACCGGCCUAACUAUCCUUGAGUUGGGAAUAAUAAUUCUAUUGCGAGGGACAAAAGAGAAACAGUGCUGUAAGUUGAUUUCUUGCUAUUGUUGUGAAUUGCUUGGCCUGAAGUCUUAUGCGUUGCUGCCCUGGUUCUCCAAUUGAGUUUCAUGGAGCAAGUGUUAGUGGAUAGUCUCUGCUUCAUCAUGACUUCAAAGCUUUCCUCCAUCCAUCCCUUCAUCACACACCCCUCUUUCUAGCCGUCUCUGCCUAUUCCCCAACCUGUUUGCCAUUGGCAUUUUUUUCUGGGCACAACAGAAUCAAAUACGGGGGGUUGCAUUUUUGGGGGGCAGCAUUCCGUUUUGAACCAUAUCCUCGCCUUGCAUUGCAUCUCAUCACACACGCACAUGUCUGCCAUGUAAUUUGAGCCUCCCAACCACUGGCAGGCUGCAGCUCAUGAUAUCGUUCUCUUCCUUCAAGCUACCUCCAGUCGGACUGAGCCACUCCCGCAUAUCGUACAUGCCGCCGCCUCCGGCCGGGGUCCCCCCUUGUCUUAUUUCCUUGUAUCUAAGCCUCUCUUUCACAUACCUGCUUGCUACAUACGCACUUGUUGCUUGCUCGCUUUGCUUGUUGCUUUGCUGUUUCGCUGGCCCCUUGCAAAGCUCGGCCCCCUUGGUUCUUGACUUGGCCUAUCUUUACUGGUCUGUUGUCCACUCGCAUCUUCUGUUUCUCCCACACGCCUCCUCUCACUUUCCUCUUGUCAUAAUCGUCUAGCCUAGCCUCUCCAGAACAUCUUGAACACCCCGGUCCCCAGAGAGAUUUACAGUGGUUGUCUCUGCCAAGUACACUUCAGUCAAGGCAGCGCAGAAGCUGCAAGCCUAGUCGAUCGCAAAAAGGGACAACCGGGGGCCCGCCGUACUCGUACCGAUAAAUCCUCCUAGAGCCAAGUCCGCGCAGCUUCUUCCGCGCCCGCUGUGAGAUUUCUAAGCUUGAACAAGGGCCCAAUUCUUGUUGCAGCUUCUCAGCUCAGCCCACUCUCGCUCCUACAGUCCGUCCGACUACAAUCCCCAGAUAAUCUCCCACACCCCGUUUGGUGCACCGUCCACCGAGGCCAUCUCAGCUCUCGUCCCACUCAUCAUACUCACUACUGGCCGCUUGUAGAUUUCUUGCUCCUUCAUUGCAUUUCGACAGUUGACGCACGAGACGCCGCUGUGCUUCCCCCCUGGUACGCCAUCCUUCCGCCUACGCCACGAUUUAGGCCCUGUCGCUCGUUGAUUCUACGGCUGGCUGUCACUACCUAUCACUGCCGUCUUCUCGCCCACCGACGCCUCGCUGGCCUCGUUCCCAUUCGAUAGCUUCCUUCUCCCGAGCCGCUACAUGCACAAUUGAGCUGCGCUAUCGUCUUUGAUCCUCGUCGCCCGCAUCUCUAUUCACAAUAAACGGCAAUCAUCGUCAGUUUGAGCGUACAUAUCCUUGCUUAGACAGGUACUUCCAUCAGUCCCGAUCUUGUUGUGUUGUGGUACCCAAUAUACGCCCCAAGACUACGGGUCCAUCGUUAGAAACCGCUCCGCUACACCCUCAGACUGGACCAGGCCACUAUUCCACAUUAGGACCCGCCAGACAUUAUGGCGCCUGUAUCGCCCCGGCUCAAGAUUCUAUCAGGUUUGUCGUCUCUUCUCUUACAAUUCUCCCUUCAUACCUAGGGUUAGUUCACGCAGAAACCAGAAGUGGACGGUCGCGUCAUUUCAGAUCAACUGAUCCCUCCCAAUCCUUCAUCAGUUGACACAAUCUCUCAAAAUCUUUUCUGUCUCUUGUAUUCCUUUCACUCGUUUGUCUUGAAUCCUCACGUCAACCGUCAGGACGGUUGCUCGUGCAGCGUCCCACUCUUGUCGCUCAUCAUGGCCAACAGUGAGCUAAUGUCAGUCUGUUCAGUGGGAGGCAAUCCCGUCUCGGCGUUCCUAUCAUGGAGGCUCCAGGCCACCAACGCGUGUGAUGUGACGCUCGUUUGGAAGUCUGGUUACGAGCAUGUGGCACAAUACGGUAUCUCGUUCAAAUCCCCAAUAUUUGGCAAUGAGAGAUUCAAGCCUCGACAUGUUGUUCGAAAUCCCGAGGAUGCCGCGAGCGCUCGAGACGGCCCAUUCGAUUAUGUCGUACUCUGCGUCAAGGCGUUACCUGAUGUCUACGAUCUUGCCUCAGUCAUUGAUUCGGUCGUCACCCCCCAGCAUACAUGCAUCAUCGUCAACACAACACAUACUCUCGGAGUCGAAGCUGCUUUGGAGGAGCGAUUUCCUACCAAUGUCGUCCUAUCACUUGUUUCAGGCGCUGAGCUCACACAACUCGGCCAGAGUGAAUUUGAACAUAAAGGGCCAGCAGACAUCUGGAUUGGUCCUGCUAACAACCCGAACAAUAUCCCACAAACCAUCCAGGAGGACAUGGCACAGGCCUUAGCAAUGACACUUAGUUCUGGCCAAGUGGAAUGCAAAGUCUCGCCAAAUAUCCGCCAACAGCAAUACGAGAGAGUGAUAGGUCCUAUUGCGUUCCAUCCGAUUAGCGUUAUCUUCGAAACUCCCAACCAUGCCUCGCUCUUGGAAAAGGUUGGCGUUAGGGACAUGGUAUCGGAUGUCAUUGACGAGCUGCUUCGUCUAGCUGAUGCUAAUGGAUGCAAAUUUGAUCCCGAUUUCAAGCAGAAGACGAUUGAUGAAAUGUCCAAAGCUUCCGGAGAGAGCAUAAUGUGGCAGGAUUACGUUGCUCGAAGACCUAUGGAGGUUGAGACGUACCUAGGAUCGCCCGUCAAGCUGGCUAGAGACUCGAAUAUUUCCCUUCCUCGUAUCGAGACACUUUACUCGAUUCUUCAUAACCUUAACCUGGUCAACCGCAGCAGACCCAAACCUGGCGAUCCGAAUGCGAAUAUCAUACCACCCGCCUCCCCCUCCGCGGCACCUGUGCCUCGAAUGCCUUCACAAAACAGCCAUCGACCCAUGAUGAACGGUAUGCCCAACGGAAAUGGUAUGCCUCCUCGCCAGCCCAGGCCUCGGAACUCUUCCAACUUCAGCCAAGGCGGUAUGCGCCGUGGGCCGCCCCCGAUGAAUGGUGGACCACCCAAUGGUUAUGGUCGACCUCCUCCAAUGAACGGUCCUGGAUCUCGUCAGCCUUCAAGGCGAGGCUCAUUAGAGGAGACUAACCUGGAAGAAUUCUCUCAUCUCGUUCUUUAUGACGAUAUCCCCGAAGGUUCCGAGCCAUCCGUCAAUGGUGACCCAGCAGACAUUAAUCUCAGAGAACGAGAGUUGGCCUUGCGGCAGCGUGAAAUGGCAAUUCGUGAGCAAGAAAUGCGAAUGCGCCGUGGACCGCCACCUGGCCCUCCUGGAGGCCCUGGCCCUCGUCGUGGCCCUCAUCCUAUGCGCAACAGCAAGCAGGUGUUUGACGAAGACGAUGAUGACGAUGACGAUUACUUUGACCCUACUGCCAACCCUGGCCCUCCGCUGAUCGAUCCAGACAACUUCGAUAUGAUGAGCGUUACCUCGAGAAAGAAUCGAAAGGCUCCAGGACCAAGCCCUGGGCAGUUUCGCCGUAAUCCCGAUGACAUGCCGCCUCCUACACGAGGCGGUCGAUUCAGGCCCAACUUCGGCCGCAACCGAUCUUCUCAAGUUGGUCACAGCUCCAUGACUUCUGAAAACAUCCUGGAAGACCCCCUCAUGAGCUGUUCCUCGGAUCGUUAUGGAUCCGUUGACCGUGGAGCGAUGAACGCAGGCUCUCGAGCAAACUCACUAACAGCGUCAAGGCUUGACGAGAUGCAGCACGGCCCAGGUCCCGGUGGACCUCCCGGGAUGAAUGGUGCUUAUCCCCGGCGCGCCAGUCAGUCUCCCGGGAAUCCUUAUACUCCAUCCAUGCGAGGCGGUAGCCGACGGGGAUCGCCUCCCGGUGGUUACGGUCCUGGCCCGGGCAUGAACGGCCGACCAUCACCGCCGGAUGGUGUUCGCCAACCUGUCCCUCGUCACCCACCUGGUCAUGGUAACUCAGUAGCACCACAGCAAGUUGAACAACAUAUUGGGGUGAGCGCCCUCCACCAAACUAAGCCUAGGAAUGUUCGCAGUCUGACGGGUAGUGCGAGCGCCAGCGCGGGCAGUGGUGAAUUUGAUUCCGAACAGUCUGCAAACAGCAGUCAAGGCAGCUUGCCUCCACGGCCGCCAAUCGGUGUGCGUUAGGACGCUCUACACGGCGAUAAUAUUCAACGGAGUACCUAGGACGUCAGGUUCCAACACACGGUUCCAUCCAAGACGCCUUUCCAGCAAGGCCUUGAUAUUCUUGUUUUCGCAGGGAGUUCCGGUCAUGCUUUCUGCAUCGCUUAAAAGGGAUCAUUUAUUUGUCCCGUCGCGAAGCCCUGUUGAGGCCAUGUGUACUGCAUCUAUGCAUCUGGCUUGAACAACUUUGCGACACACCUCGACGAGGACGACCCUAUUUCAUUUUGUUUUUAUCAUACGCCCGAGUUCCAUCGAAAACACGAUACGACACGACAAGAGUCACAGUCACUUUGGACUAUUCUCAGACACGACGUCUUUUUAAUUAUUCCUAUCGAUACAAUCCGUACAUACAUUGAACAACCAAACAGAAUUAGUCUAUCCUUGGUAAUAAUGCAUUGGAAUUGGGGAAGAUAUACUGGUGCCUUUCAGCAUAUAAUCGGCUCUCAAUUAUUCAAGGCUUCGUUCAUGAGACGCCCGAGUCUUGGUUCUGCUUUGGCAUAUUGGGACAGCCUCGCGCAAGAAAAGGGAAUUUCGGAGAAAGCAAAGCCCGCUUUACAAAAGACAGGUUGGGACUGAAUAAUGAAUGUGCCGGUGGAAAAACGAGGAAGUGGGUGGAUUAAGACCAAAGGCAUUGCACCAGCUGGGAGCAAGUCUUUGUUUUCCUUUGAUUGUUGAAGCGCCCUCCAGAAGUUUGCGUGGACAUGUCAUGAAAGGUCAAACGGACUUAGCAAAUGAGGAGGGAUCAUGAUAGGCAUUGUUUUUCUUGGUGGGUUUACACAAUCAAAUUAGACUACGGAUGGUUGUUUCUUUUUCUGGCUAAAUCUGUUCAUCGCGAGACGUUGUGGAAUGUGAAUAGGAAAGCCAUCCGCGGCAUUGGGGGCAUUCCUAUUGGAAAUAUAUAUAGAUACGAAAUAGUAGUAUGGAAGAGAAAAGUGAUGAAAUGAUGGUCAAAGAUUUCUAUAUCACGUUUAACCAUUAGUAUCAUGAGCUGAAUUAUCUAUCCACCUGAAGGACAAGCCAGAAGCAGCCUGAUAGUCAACAAUACCCAUUGCCCGAUUCUCUCAGCAUCCGGCAGAGAGCCACUUUACUACUGUAUACUCCGCACCUCGACUCAAUAUGCCAACAAU